AUGGCUACUGAACAAUGUGUGCGCCCUGUUGAAAAAACCCUACACGAAGGGAAACAUGAACACCAUCCGAGCAGUGGCCAAACUCAGGUUCAUAAGGAGAGUAAGGGUGUGAGUCAAUCACAUGGGCACAACCAACUGAGCCAUGACACACCCAAAACACAUGCCGAGUCCAAGACCGUGAGCCAUGGUGUCCAUGCUCAGCAACAUGUGGCUCAAAGCACGGCCAUGCCUACAACUUGCCAUGGAAAGAAGGAAAAGAAGAUGAAAGACAAGAAGGAGAAAGACAAGGACAGGAAGGAAAAGAAAGAAAAGAAGGAAAAGAAGACCGAGAGCAAGAAGAAGCCUGAGAAGGAGAAGAGUAAGCACAAGAAGAGCAAAGACGACAGCAGCAGUGACAGCGACUAA